ACUGUCCAUCUCUACAGGCAUAAGAUCACCAACGAACCCAUUGCUGUCAAGAACUUCAAACUCCCUGCUGACAUUGAUGGGAUGAACAGACAGGUAAGCUCAUUUUCUAUAAGCUCUUUAAUCUCUUUAAAGAUGCAUCCAGGCCAUUCAUCCUAAUAUGGCCGAUUUUUUGUUUACCCAGGGUAACUAAAGAACUACUCUUGAUUGGAUAUGAUCGUUUCGAGUGAACUCAAUAUUCCAAAUAAUAUUAUGUCUGUAGUGGGCCUUUAAAAAACUCUUACAACGAAGAAGAAACUUGAUAACAUCCUCUUAUUUUGUUUAACUUGAUAGAUGGCCUACAUCCUUGAGGAAGCUGACCUCUUAGAGACCUUGGGUCGAAAUGACUGCUUCCCAAGCUACCUGGGAUGUCUCCAGACAAGUCCAGGCUACGUAGGCCUAGCAAUGGAGUUCAUCGGUGACGUGACCAAUGGAGAGUCUUGGACAUUGGAUAGAGGUAUGGACGAGUUAGAUCUGACUAAAAAGCAAUGGCUUAAGCUCGCCCACAACAUCUCCACCUCCUUGGGUCAGAUGCAUGAGAUGGGGUUCCUCAUGAAUGACCUCAAGGACGACAACUGCCUCCUAAGGAAGACACAGACUGGUCAGUGGGAGGCAGUGAUCAUCGACUUUGGACUCGUCUCUCCAAGGACGAAGCCUUUCUUCUAUCUACUUUCUGAUGACAGGAAAGAAAAGUACAGGAGAAAUGAAAACUUCGUCCACCUCGCUCCUGAGUGCGCCCUUGAUGAUGAGGCCACAUCCACCAUGAGCGAUGUAUACCAACUUGGACGACUUCUGAAGUUGAUGGGAGAUGAAACUGACAUCGCUGAGCUUAACUCCAUUGGUGUCAUGUGUACGCAGACCCCUCCCACUAGUCGACCGACCAUCGAAGAUGUGGUCGACUUGCUGGAGUGUAUGAUGUAGAAAGCCAUUGUAUUAGAA